AGCGAAGUCUCGCGAGAAGAAGCAGUUGCAGUAGCGCAGCCCGCUGGCUCUGUGCGAGUGUGUGUGCGCGUGUGUGCGUGGUGUGUGGAUGUGUGUGUGAAUGUAAGCCGCCGCCGAAGCCGCGGACGGUUUGUUGAACCCGUUAGCGCUGCCGGCCGACACUCACGUUGCCGCCAUGUCCCGCUACCUGCGCCCUCCCAACACGUCUCUGUUCGUCAGGAACGUGGCGGACGACACCAGGUCUGAAGACUUGCGGCGAGAAUUUGGUCGUUAUGGUCCUAUAGUUGAUGUGUAUGUUCCACUUGAUUUCUACACUCGACGUCCAAGAGGAUUUGCUUAUGUUCAAUUUGAGGAUGUUCGUGAUGCUGAAGAUGCUUUACAUAAUUUGGACAGAAAAUGGAUUUGUGGGCGACAAAUCGAAAUACAGUUUGCACAGGGGGAUCGGAAGACACCAAAUCAAAUGAAAGCCAAGGAAGGGAGGAAUGUGUACAGCUCUUCACGCUAUGAUGAUUAUGACAGAUACAGACGUUCUAGAAGCCGGAGUUACGAAAGGAGGAGAUCAAGAAGUCGGUCUUUUGAUUACAACUAUAGGAGAUCUUAUAGUCCUAGAAACAGUAGACCGACUGGAAGACCACGGCGUAGCAGAAGCCAUUCCGACAAUGAUAGAUUCAAACACCGAAAUCGAUCUUUUUCAAGAUCUAAAUCCAAUUCAAGAUCACGGUCCAAGUCCCAGCCCAAGAAAGAAAUGAAGGCUAAAUCACGUUCUAGACCAAACUGCAGCUGGAAUACCCAGUACAGUUCUGCUUACUACACUUCAAGAAAGAUCUGAAAGCGGAAAAAGAACCAAAGAAGGGCAGUUCAAGCGACCAAAGGGUGGGUGGAAGGUGCUGCAGUAUGAAUACUGUACGAAUAUUUUGACUCUGGUCUGAAAAUAACAGAAUUAUCGAAACUACAUGGAAAUAAUUGAAGUCCCUUCAAGUUUGAAAGUAAGCAUUUUAGGACAAAUAAAAGGAAAUUCAACUUUGUACUUGUGGAAACUAACCCCUAAAGAUGAAUAGGUUUAUAUUGACUCAUGGGUAGCAAAUCCAUGAUAAGCUGUUGGGACCUAGGAUGUCUGAGUAUCAAGGAAGACAGCCAUAGCCUCUAACAGUGCCUGUACUGGUCUGUCUCAAACUGAAUCAGAUGGGAAAAGGUAUGGUCCAAUAUAAACUUUUUCUUGGUUGUCUUCUUGAAAAUCAGUUCCAUUUAUGCCAUUAUUGGCAGGCCUUGGCUUUGUUUAUUCCAGUGCCAGUAUUUUCUGCUUAACUUUUAUUGGCAUCUGAGUUUAUCUGUAUACCAUAUGCAGUUUACAUCUUCAACCACUCUUCCCAAGUUAAUUCCACUUAUACUUGACAUCUUACCUGAGGGCGCCCAUUUCGUCUCACCUCUUGCUUGAACCCUUACUGUGGGCAGAACAUUAUACUGGAUAAUUGGAGAGAAUAGAUAAUUUAGUAAAUGUCUCCUGCACACAAUCUAGUGAAUCAUUAUAAUAUGGCCUCAUUUUGCUUGAGGUGUAUUACGACAAUUAUUUCAUACCAUUCAUAUCCUAAUGUAAUCACAAGACCCAGUCUACUAUCAAAGAUAAGUAAUUUUUUGAUUGUCUGCCAUUUAAAAAUAUUGGCAUCCCAGUUCUACAAAUAAUGAAAAAAUUUAUCUGUGAUAAACUGACUUACUGUGACUAUAUUUAAGUAGUAUUAAUUAGUUACCUCUGCCUCAGUCAAAUAAUAGAAGAUAGUCCCCCAAAUCAGUAACUUUGCAUUAAAGCAGACCCUGGGUGCUAUAAUUAUUUAGAGGCAGACAGCUAUCAUCCCAAUGGAUUUAGUAUCUUCUGUAAUUGAAAAAGUUCACCAAAUUACUUUUUAAUCUACAUGUACAUUUUAUAAGGGACAUAUUCUGUGUAUAGUGAAUAAAUAACUUUUAUAGUGUCACAAAAUGUUUUUGCAUUCCUUAGUUACUUAUUAGGAUAUGAAGCUUGUUAACCAUACAUUGAUUCCAUCACAUGAAUUUCGUUGUAUUUUUGUCACAUUUUAAAUUAUGUGAAAAUCUGCAACCAGUAUAAGCCUUUAUAACACUUUUUUAAAUGUAGUAAAGUACACAUAAAUGAAGGGAGGUACAAUGAAGGUUAUUUGUAUCUGUAUUAAAUUUCAGCCUGCCCAAAAUCACACAGGCUGAAGGUACAAGAUUAUAGUUCAUAAAUUGACUUAAUUUUUUUUUAUUUGGAAUCAAGUUGGAAAUGUUUUUUUCAAGGGGACAAUAAAAUCGAUACAACUGAAUUUAGAGCUUAUUUCAAGUAAAAUUAAAAGCUUUUGUUACAAGAUGUAUUUUAUUUUAUACCUUUACAUAAUUAUUAGCCUUGGUUUUUACAGGUAAAGUUCCAUGGGGUUUAUUUUCUAAGCAGUAUUUGUGUGGUUGAUAGAUAUUUUGCCCUCUACCUCUCUCCAUUUCCUUUCAAAUUGAGGCUAAAGCCUUCCAGCGGAGAGAAUUGAAUUGCAUAUUCAGUUGUUUGGGGUUUUUGUUUUUUAGUUUUAUGUACUGCCAACAUUUACUGCUUGGGUUUCAUUUAGUUGGAAAAUACCUUGUUCACUUACAAGCACAACCCCACAAGUGUUGAGAGCUAAGACUAAAGUUUGGGUCGUUUUUGGAGACAGGGACAGGGUCUCCCUGUAGCCCCACCCAGCUGGCUAAUGUAGAUCAGGCUGGAGAUCAGAGAACCGCCGCCUUCUGCCUCUCAGGUGCAGUGGUUAAAGGCAUGUGUCACCCCGCCUAGCCUGAGAGCUGAGUUUUAAAUGUGGUAAAUCAGAAAGGCCCGUGUGUUUCUGGCAGCCAUUACAGUGAAUUGUUUUAGUCUGUCUGCUGUGGCUUCUGUGUAUAUUAAAGGGUAUCAGUAUUAUCAAGCAUUUACUGUGCCAAGCUGGAUGCUUCAGAUAGUCCUAUUUAACCCUAAAAUCACUCCUGGAAAUGGGAACUUAACACCAUUUUAUAAAUGAGAAAGUAGGCUUUUGUGGAAUACCUACUGUCGGACAGGCAUUUUUGCAUACAUUCGUUCCUCAUUGUUAACAAUGGAUUCCUUUUCUGAAUGAGUAAAGAUCUCAAGCUCUUGUAGUUCACCAAGUCUAAUGGCCUGGCUUCCCAAAUUUCAAUUUCUUGUUGUAUUGCUUUUUCACCUUGUUCCGACUUAAGAGUAUGAAGUAAUGGGCUGUGACUUGAACGAUAGUCAGAAAUCAGUGUCAUUCAAACCUUUAAAGGUCCCAAGGAGUGAAACAUUCUCAAUUUCCAGUAAUGACUUAAUAGGUGAAGCAAACAGCUUAUCUUCAACUAUUAACUUUUGAGAAGACAUUCUGCUAGUCAUUAUGGGAAAAAGACUUUGUCUUUGGGUCUUUUCCUCUAACAGUGUUAUAUUUAUCUAUUUGUAAAGCAGGUCACCAUUCACCCUUGUGAUAAAAGUGGAGAUUUUUCUUUGGUAUAAAAAGUGAGGCAUGUAAAUUUAUUUCAUUGAUAAUUAACAGUAGUUUGUAAAGAAGUAAAGGCCUUUGUAAUCUAGUCCUUUGCAGAUCACAUUUCUUUGAAUGCUGGAGAGUGAAAUAAUAAAACUGGUCUAGGAGCUAAAAAAAAUAAAUCUUGUUUUUUUUUUUUUUUUUUAAAGAUUUUGCUGAACCUUACAGACAUGACUACUACAAUAGUCAUUUUUGUUUCUGCAACAGACUUUAGAGAUAUACUCUUUGGCUUAAAUAACUAUGAAAAUGUGUCGUGUCUCCCCCCUUCCUCGAAAACCACUAGGAAGCUGCAAAACUUACCAGAACCCUUUGAGCUCACGUAUACACACUUUGUACUUACUGAGUUGUAAGGUUAUGGUCAUGGAGUCUGUCAUACUACACACUAUACUGUAAACAUGUGUAGUUAUGACCUGUUGAAAGCUCACGACUACCUUCAGCAGCCCUAACCAAUAGAAUAGGUUCUCUCUACUGCUUUCAUGUUCCCAUACUUUGACAACUAGCAGACUUCAUCAGUACCUCUUUUCCUUGCUAUUCUGACAUUAUGUCUCAAAUUUGCACUUUCUGCUUCCUGAGUAAUGAAUGAGAUUGUAGGUGUGAAUUACAGUGCCCAGCUUUGAGAGGUCUGUAUCAUUGACCCCUUUAUUCACGCUAUAUGCACAUUUCUUUCUUCCCUCCAUUCAACUAAUCAGUUCCCAAACUAGAAAUCUAAUUAUAUUGCUGUAUUUAAUGUGUAUACCAAAAAUUAAUGUAUAUCCUGUGGUACAAAGAAUUUGACAUCAUUUGCCUUGUUCAUGGAAAUUGCACUGGGAACAAAACCUCCUAAAUAUUUCCUGCCAUUUGCAUGAAUGAGAAAGUACGGCUUUCCUGGAGCUGUUAGGGUUACUAAUUUAAGCUGCCCUCACUUCAGAAAUCUAUCCACAGGGUUUUGCUUUCCUUCCAAAGGUCUUGUAGAACUAAGAAUUUUUGCCAAUUUAAGUUCUUUUCAUGAAGUAGGAAAAACAGUUUGGUUGGGGGGGAGUGUCUUACUAUUAACUGCAGGAAAAGAAGUUACAGCUAAAGUAACUGCAUCACUAUCAAAACAGCAAAUUAGUAGCCUCUUCAAGCCAACAGUUCUAUCACAAGAUUAGGCAGCCAUAAGUUAUUUAAAUAAAAACAAACUACUGAGGGGGUAAAUUUUUAUUUCAUGUUCCAAAUUAAGAUUAUGUGCUUUAAGACUACAUAUUUGUCCUUGAGGAUAUUCAGUGUUUAAUUCGGCCAGUAUCUCAUCUGAACUUAUUUGAAGAAAUGGAGCUAUUUUGCUUGUAACAAUGAAAAAUAACUUGUUAUAAUAAAUCUUUGGGUUUAAAAGAUGGGGGGAGCAGGAGCCUUGUGCUGCAUUUUACAUCUCUCAAAAAUAGGAAAUGUUUAAUGCAGACAAUAUCUUUUUGGUUAUAAAACUUACAAUAAUAAGAUUUACUUUGAAGUAUAAUGUACAAUCAAAUCAGUUACACACUGACACUUAAACAUGGGGGCAGUCUUUAAAAUCAACUGGG